AUGGGUUGUUUACAUAUAAAUUAUACUGAAGAUGGAAUUGUCAAUUGUAUUGGAGGAACAGAUGAACGAUCUUACUGCAAAUCACAGGAUCCAACUGGUAUUAUCAGGCGUUAUCGAUGUUGGAAUGAUACGAAAUGUACUUCAAUUAAAGGCAGCUGUCGUGUUUGCAAGAACAACAUCGAUCAAGUAUGUGAUUCGUCUGAUAAAGCUAAUCAAGAAAUUAUUCUUUAUUUCAAGCAUAUGGAGGAUCACAUGUUUUAUGAAAUAAAAUCAUUUUCUCAUCAAUCUUCAUCUAAUUUUCCUUCAAUGCAAUUAACAACAAUAGCUGACAAACAUGUGCAAGAUGAUAUGAUACCAGUGACGAAAAAGAAUACCUUUGAAGAUAUUGAUGGUCAUUAUCUGUGGAUAUGUCAUCGAGGUAUUGUGGUACUUGUCGGAAAAAAUGAAACAGAACAAUGUUUUUGUCCAUCGAAUUAUUAUGGUGAUUUUUGUCAAUAUCAAAAUCAACGUAUUGCUCUAACUAUUAAAUUACGUCAAGAAAAUGUGGAAAAUUUUCAUAUCAUUGGCAUUGUUAUUAGACUAGUUGAUCAUAUCGGUUUCGUUCACUCGCAUGAACAAAUUACAUACAGUCCGAUAAUUGAUUGUAACAUGAAAUACAAUCUGUAUCUCCUCUAUCAACAACGACCGAAAGAUAUGGCAAAAAAUUAUACAGUCUAUAUCGAUGCUUAUGAUAAAUUGAGUCUUAGUUAUCUUACCAGUUGGAUCAUACCAGUAAAAUUUCUCUUCAUGCCUGUUAACCGUGUUAGUGCUCUACUUACGAUUCCACUUCAUCAAGAUUGUCGCANUUUAUAA